GGACACCCCAUUUCGAUAAUGACGAGAUUUCCUGAUUCUUCUCCAAGAUCACCUCUCGUCCUGUUCAUAACAAAAACAUGGUAAUUCGAGAAUUACAUUCUACGGCGUCGCUUGAAGCGUGGGAGAAGAUACGCAGUGCGUAGCCAGCACAAUAAAUCCUGCUAGACGAAGUCAAAGUAGACGUUUAUGGGCUUUUUAGGGUUAGCUUAGAAUUGGGCUAAUCUUGCUACAGGAACUCUUUGUCCGUUGGCAUAAGAACACUGCAAUGAAAAGCAUCGGUUGAGAGUGUCGGCGGUGACGAGGAUAAGAUGGAGGUGUUGAAGAAUUUUAUACAAUCCAUGGUGCAAUGACGAGCUUGUGACGAUCACUGAAGACUUUUUUCACCACAAAUUAUGGGUUUCUGUCGCACCAGGACUUGUGGGGCCACCACAUUUAAUUUUUCCACACCGUACUGACUACAUCUAACCUUCACCACACCCAUAGAGCGAGAGAGUGUUAGAGAGAGAGAGACAAUUACACACACACAUACUAGAUAGUGGAUCGCGGUGAAAUCCAGAAUGUCUUUCAACUCAAUAGCUGUGUAAUCUGUGUAUGCAGUGGGGUUUUAGUGGUGGUCAUGUGCAGUGAAGAGAGGUGGCUUGCGGAGCUGGGUUAAGAACUUUCUUUUUGGGAUGAGGCUGCCCUUUUGUGGGGGUUGAGGUUUUCCGAGGUAUCCUGAAGUCGAGGAACACGUAGCUGCAAGGUAAGGAUAUCUCCUCGUCUUCGUCAACACUGUAUAAACCUCGCCGAUCUCUGCGCGAUCUACGUCCUUCAAGAUGGAUUCCUUCACGGAUGAUCUCAGCAGUCCUCUUCCGAAGCAGAUGCAUGCGAGUGCGCCCGAGAUGAUGGAGGGUGUGAUCAUGCGAAGGUCCUCGUUACCGACGAACGAGGCUUUUGAUGCUGCAAAGAGGUCUGAGGUGGAAGGACGAAGCGUUAUGCUUAGACCAAUAUCCGAGCGCUCGGGACGCAUUACUUUGAAGCGGAUCCCAGUGGUACCAGCCAUGGCCAAGCAGGAACAAAAUCCCUCAGCCGAGGAUUUAUGGGGCCAUCUAAGUGAUGACAUACUGGAGUAUACCCUCGCUAGACUACCUUUAUUCUCUAUCAAAACCUGCCGAAAGGUCUGCAAGCGCUGGGAUGUGGUCAUCAACACGCCACGGUUUGGCAUUCUUCACAAGCAGCUUGGAGAACAACAGCCAUGGCUUGUCUACUAUGUAAUCAACAACUUAGUUAGCAGCAAGUCGCACGCCAUCACAUAUGACGAAGGAUUGAACACAUGGAUCACGCUUCCACUGUUGCGAAUCCCUUCCCACAAUCAUGGCUCUUUAGCAGGCGCGAGUGGAUUGGUGUAUGCCAUAGCUGGCCUUGGUGAAGACAGGUUGAAGUACAAGCUCACGAUCUCCACAUCGUCGCCCUCGGCUUUCGUAGAUGAGUGGUACGAGACUCCGCAGAUGGAAUUUCCAAGGGGUUCUCCUGUUGUGGGGGUUGCUCUUGGCACUGGAAAGACGGGCAGUGGUCAUAAAGUGGUGGUGGCUGGAGGGACACCAGAGUUUGAGGACGAGCACAUGGCUGUGGAGGUCUUUGAUUCCGAGACUGAUGCUUGGGAGACAUACGACGACUUGCCUGAGGACUUCAAUGGAAGCAGCUCAAGAAGUUGGAUGUCUGGAGUUGUGUGCAGGAACAAGUUUUACGUGUCUUUGAUCCACUCAUGGACGAUUCACGCCCUUGAUUUGUGUACCAGAGAAUGGGCUCCAAUGCAUUGGGAGUGUCCUCAAGGUUUGCAAUACCACCACAUUAUGGCUAUCGGCAAGACGGUCGUGGUGGUCGGGUUGUAUCAAGAUGCCGAGCACCCGGAAGAACACACGGUGGCGAUUUGGAAAGUAAACUCCAAGACACAGCGUUUGAUCCAAGUGGGGUCGAUGCCAUUAGAAUUGUUCGCGCUUCUGGGAGACGGUUGCACAGACCCGACCCUAAAUUUCCUCAUGAGCGACAAUUUGCUGUACAUCUCCAACACAUACAGCCCUGACAGAGCGGUGGUGGUGGGAGACAUUUCUCUAGAGGAUCACAAAACCUUCUGGCGUACACUACCUAGCAUCUCAAACUUAGGGUGUAGAUUCGACAAGGUGGUCACUUUCUGCUCCUCUAUCAACACCGAUCCCUCCUCUCCCGCACCGCACUGACUCCACCCACACAAAUGUAUAGCAUCAUCAUAUCGCAGGCUUGGCAUUUUGGAUAUCAAGAGCUGCUAUCCCCAUGCCGAUUUAUACUAAUGCAUCGCAGACGAGCAAUACCAGGACUUUUCCAUCCGACUGAUCAUGAAGCUGGCGAGCGUGUGCGUGUCUGUUUUUCUCCCCCAAAAAAACGUUAGUAGACUCCCGAGAUUCUGCCACAUUUACCGAAACACUAAGUCUUCUCGCUACUUGCACACAAUCAGUGCUGCUGCUGGUGCUCGCCGAGUUAUUGAUGAUGCAACAUUGGUGAUACCUUGUAUCCUAGACACAAACAGAGCUGUAAACUUCUAGCUGGCAACAAACUACCCAUCUAAGCAAGGAGAGAUUUUUACCAGCUUGUGGGGUGUUUUUUUCUUUUUUUGUCUUUUUUGCCACUGAGCGCUCUAGCUGUGUUUGUGGGCUUGCACGGAGAAUUGCCAUCCGAAAGCAGGUGCUGAGGUGGUUUUUUUGCAAUAUGAGAUGAUGAAGCUCUUGUUUCCACUAUUCCACCACAA